AAAAAUUGGCCCAUCUCUAUUAAAUAUUUGUCCAAGAAUGCAGCCCAACUAAAUAAAAGGAAAACUAAUCAAAAGGCCCAAUUCUCUUCUCAUUCAAUUCACACUGAAAGCUUUUCCUCCCUCUUUUCUCUCCCACGUUUCAAAGCUCUAUGACAGAACAGAGUGUCUGCCUACCUCCCUCUCUCUCACGCCACACCAAAAUCCACCGCGCCACCGGACGCUGGGAAUUCCGGCGACUGGUUCACGUUGUUAGGCGCCGCCCUCUUCUUCUUCUUUCCUCUCAAGCUCCUUUCUCAAUUUCCCAAUUUGAGCCCUAGUUUCCCUUCAUCGCAGAUCGCCGCCGCCUUCACACAAUCCGGCGAGGUUGAUGCUCAUCGGCGGGACCUGUUCUGUGGCGGCAAACACGCCGCUGCUUCCUUCUCUGAAGCACCUCUGUUCGACUCGGGCUUGGACGCCAACGCACUGACGACCAGCGGGAUCCAUCAGGUGAGGCUGCGUGACGUCGACGGCGUCGUGGACUCCGGCGACGGUGGCGGGCUGAAGGGAAAGAAGGCGGCGGUUGCUGCUAAAACUUUUGAAAACCCUAGCUAUAGAAAGAGUUUGGGUUUGCAAGAGAUUUGCUGGAAAUUUGGAAUUAACCGAACUGUAAUUCGGUUCGGUUUUCGGUUUUCGGUUACUAGUUUGGCUGUAAUUCGGUUCCAGUUAACCGGUAAACCGGUUCGGUUAUAACCGAACCGGACCGAUUACCAGCCCUAGGUCGAAGAAGUCCGUUAAAGAAAUACAUGUAGGAAACAUCCACUCGUGUGUGUGAGUUGGUGUUCAAAAUUGAACCACGUUUGUCCUACUUCCAAAGUUUUAUCCAUUAAAUAUACAGUACACUUGAUUUAAUGAUCGAAAACAUUGAAUUUAUCGAAAAAAUUGAAGUUAUAGUUCGAAAGUAAGCAAACCGACACACUCCACACUGAAAAUGUCACAACUGCGGAGCUCGUAUCUUUUCUUCUACAAUCUCGUCCAGGCAUCUGGAUGGGCUUUGUCUCUGUUCAGAAUUUUGAGCAGCGUCUCUUCCUCCAAGUCAACCACUGCCGCCUUCUCUUCUGCCGGUCAACUAAUCUGCCUUUUGCAGUGUCUUGCAUUCUUGGAAGUUAUUCAUGGGGCUGUUGGAAUCGUGCCGAGUGGUGUUGUGCUUCCUCUGAUGCAAUGGGGAGGAAGGACUCACUUUUUGCUCGCUAUUGUUCGUCAAAUUCCCGAGGUUCAGGAACUACCAUCGGUCUUCAUAACGUUUGUUGCUUGGAGUGUAUCUGAGGUGAUCAGGUAUUCACAUUAUGCGCUCUAUUGCAUUGGCAGUUCACCAAAAUGGAUCACUUUAAUCAGGUACAACGCAUUCAUUAUCUUGUAUCCUAUUGGAGUUUUUUCGGGUGAAAUGUGGCUUAUGUACCAAGCACUUCCCUUCAUAAAGAAGGAAAAACUCUAUGCAGAUAGCCUUCCAUUCAGCUACUACAACUUCAUGGUGGUUUUUCUUUUCUGCUAUCCAUUUUUGUGGUUGAAACUUUACCUCCACUUAUUCAAGCAGCGUCGAUCGAAACUUGGAAAACAAGAAAAGAAGAAGCGAAGCUGAGAAUAGAUCGUCACUAAUCUGCUGCCUCAAAUGUAGGCAUAGUGUUUUUUUCUUUGGUAUUGUUGGAGCUGAACAAGUUGUUGGUAGUAUUGCUUCUUUGAGCUAUGCUCUAAUUUAUUAGCAAAAUAAUUUAUCAGACAUUCAAACUGAUUUUGCAAACCAAAUUUCAGCAUCUAAUGAGAAUAUGAGAUGAUGAUUGAAUGA